GGGCUUGUUAAUAUGAAUCGAUAAAGCAGUGCAUCAGAAGAUUUCUCUACUCCCACUUCACUGGUUCAGGUCAGAGCAGACGAAAGGUAUUGGUGGGAUUGGCCGCCACAGCAUAGUGACGUUACACAGGAAGGCAGGGAGCAUGUAUGCAUGAGCUCCAGGCCACCCUUUAUUCAAGAGUAUAUCCUUUAACCUUGCCUCAUGUGGAGGACAUGCUUGUUUACAUGCAACUUUUCUACUCUAAUUGAAAAAGAUGGAGCUACAAGUGAAAAACCAAAGUCAGCCUUUCAACAUCAACACCGAGAGGCUGCCGGCUAAACUUAUACUAGGCGUGGGUGUAGAUAACUUCAUUUCGCUUUUGAUAUUUGGACUCAUUUUCCUCCUUGGCGUGCUCGGGAACGGCAUGGUGAUGACGGUGCUGGCGUGCAGUAAACCUGCACAAUCAAGGAGCACAACCAACAUCUUCAUCCUCAACCUGAGCGUGGCGGACCUGUCCUACCUCCUCUUCUGCGUCCCCUUCCAGUCCACCAUCUACAUGUUGCCCACAUGGGUGCUUGGAGCUUUCAUCUGCAAGUUCAUCCACUAUUUCUUCACAGUGUCUAUGCUUGUCAGCAUAUUCACUCUGUCGGCGAUGUCCGUGGACCGCUAUGUGGCCAUCGUCCACGCCAGGAAAUCCUCGUCGAUCCGCGUGAGGAGGCAUGCCAUGCUCGGGGUGCUGCUGAUCUGGAUCCUCUCCAUGGUCAUGGCAUCUCCGGUGGCGCACUACCAGAGCAUCGUGGAGAGGGAGGACAACAACACCUUCUGCUGGGAGGUCUGGCCGGAUCACCAGAGGAAAGUCUACGUGAUGUGCACCUUUGUUUUCGGAUACCUCCUGCCUCUCACCUUGAUAUCUGUCUGCUAUGCAAAGGUUUUAAACCAUCUGCACAAAAAGUUGAAGAAUGUGUCCAAAAAAUCAGAGCUCUCCAAAAAGAAGACUACACAGACAGUCUUGGUGGUGGUUGUGGUCUUCUGUCUGUCCUGGUUGCCUCACCACAUCAUCCACCUGUGGGUGGAGUUUGGCUCUUUUCCCCUGAACCAGGCCUCCUUUGUGUUCAGGAUGGUGGCUCACUGCUUGGCUUACAGCAACUCCUCCAUCAACCCCAUCAUCUACGCCUUCCUGUCCGAGAAUUUCAGGAACUCCUACAAGCAGGUGUUCUCGUGCCGGGUGCCCAGCGAGUGUCCCCUGAAUGACACCAGAGACCUGCGCAGCAAGAUGGAGACGGUACCAUCCGUGAACAUCAGUGCCACGUACAAAGGCUUCCUACAAGUAACAGAUCAGACACAUGACAACAGCAGCAGCAGCAUCUCCCACUGACGGCUCAGAGCUUCCCUGGAGGGAAAUCCUCUUUGUCUGGGCGGACCGAGCCGGCCGUGUCUUUCAACAGGAUAUCCCAACAGAAGCUCCCUGUCUCCUCAGGUCCUCGGGUACCGGAUCACAUCAGCAUCAGAUGAGAUGUAGCAGGUAUCAGGCCGUCUGUGAUGCUC